AUGAGGAGAAGGUUUUUGUGGACUGGUUCUUUGGAACAUAAGAAUUCUUCUAAUUUGGUUAAAUGGGAUGAGGUGUGCAAACCCAAAAAGCUUGGUGGAUUGGGUAUUAUAAAUUUGAGAACUAUGAAUAAAGCUUUGCUGGGAAAAUGGAUUUGGAAGUGGUUUGAUAAUAAAAUGGAGCUGUGGAAACAAAUAAGUUUUUACAAGUAUUUUGAGAACAAAAAUUGGACAGCAUAUUUUUAUUCUAGCAAGAGGUCUUUAUCUCAUUUUUGGAAGAAUUUUUUUAUUGAUGUUGAAAGCUUCUUGUGCAGUACUAGUGUAAAAGUGGGGAAUGGAAAUCAAACUAUUUUCUGGUUUGAUAAAUGGUCAGGUGCAAAUACACUGGCUUCUAUGUUUCCUGCUCUUUUUCAUAUUGCAGAGUCCCCCUAUGCUUCUAUUAGCAGUUCACAGAUUUCUGAUCGUGAAGCUAGAUUACAAGAGAGGAGGAGGAAGAAGGCUGCUGCAAAUGUUUCAGUUCCUGUGGCGGGGAGGGAGAGAAUGAUCAUCCCAUCGAAGAAGUUCGUCCUCACCUUCAGAACAUGGUUCCUCGGCGUCACCUCCUGCAUCUUCCUCUCCUUCGUCAACAAGUUCUUCGACUACCGCCAGCAACAGCUGAGCAUCUCCUCGAUCUGCGUCCAGAUCGUCGCCCUCCCCCUCGGCAGGUUCAUGGCCGCGGUCCUCCCGACGAAAAAGUUUAGAGUCCCGUUCACUGGCUGGAGUUUCACGCUGAACCCGGGGCCUUUUAACAUAAAAGAGCACGUACUCAUUACGAUAUUUGCAAAUUCGGGCUCGGGCGGGGUUUACUCCAUGCAUAUUGUUACCAUAGUGAAGGCUUUUUAUGGCAGGAANGCCGCUGGAAUGUUGCUGUCGCAGACUACUCAGUUACUAGGAUAUGGAUGGGCUGGUUUGUUCAGAAGGUACUUGGUGGACUCACCUUAUAUGUGGUGGCCAGCAAAUCUUGUUCAAGUAUCUCUCUUCAGAGCACUGCAUGAGAAAGAUAAAAGACCAAAAGGAGGAGUAUCAAGACUCCAGUUCUUCUUACUAGUCCUCAUCGCAAGCUUCGCCUACUACACUAUACCAGGAUUUCUCUUCCCUGGAAUCUCGAUAAUAUCAGUAGCCUGCUUAAUAUGGAAAAACUCUAUCACUGCUCAUCAAAUUGGCUCAGGAGUCCAUGGCCUCGGCAUUGGCUCAUUUGGCUUAGAUUGGGCGACGGUUGCUGGAUUUCUCGGAACUCCAUUAGCUGUUCCUUUCUUCGCAAUCUGCAACAUUAUGGCAGGAUUUGUGCUUAUCGUUUACGUGGUCACUCCUAUAGCCUAUUGGAGUAAUUCGUUUAAUGCGAAGAAGUUUGCUCUCAUUGCUUCUACUGUUUUUGACUCGGAGGGGAUGAGGUAUAAUACUACAAGGGUAAUUGAUGAUAAAACCUUCACGCUGAAUGUGAAGGAGUAUGAGGGAUACAGUAAGAUACAUCUUAGUUCGUUUUUCGCAUACACUUAUGGGUUGAGUUUCGCAACGCUUAUGGCUUCUAUUACUCAUGUGCUCCUCUUCAACGGCAAGUCUAUAUGGAACUUGUGGCGACAAACUACUUCAAAAGUACAAAAUAAAUGUCAAGAUGUGCACACAAGAUUGAUGAAGAAGAACUAUGAAGAGGUGCCACAGUGGUGGUUCUAUCUUCUGUUGGCUGUAGUUAUUGCAUUAUCCGUAUAUGCAUGUGAAGGGUUUGGUAAACAAUUGCAGCUUCCAUGGUGGGGUUUGCUCUUAGCUUGCGGCAUUGCAUUGAUUUUCACAUUACCUAUUGGAGUUAUCCAAGCAACUACAAAUCAGCAACCAGGACUCAAUGUCAUCACAGAGUUGGUGAUAGGAUAUCUAUUACCAGGAAAACCUCUUGCCAAUGUGACCUUCAAGACUUAUGGUUACAUUAGCAUGACACAAGCAAUCACACUUAUAGCAGACUUCAAAUUAGGCCAUUACAUGAAAAUCCCUCCAAAAUCCAUGUUCUAUGCUCAGCUUGUAGGUACAGUUCUAGCGUCCGCAGCCUACUUUGGUACGGGAUGGUAUCUACUUACGUCAGUCAACGACAUAUGCAACAAAGACAAACUACCAGCAUCGAGCCCGUGGACUUGUCCUGGCGACGAAGUUUUCUACAAUGCCUCGGUAAUCUGGGGCCUCGUCGGUCCUCAAAGAAUGUUUGGAAACCUCGGUCUCUAUUCGAAAAUGAAUUGGUUUUUCCUCAUCGGCUUAUUAGCUCCGGUACCAGUUUGGGUGUUAUCAAAAGUUUACCCCGAAAAAACCUGGAUUAAGCUGAUCCACAUGCCUAUUAUCCUUGGAGCUACUUCUGGUAUGCCCCCAACAAGAUCCGUUAACUACGUGAUGUGGGGUAUAGUCGGGGUUAUCUUCAACUAUUAUGUGUACAGAAGGUACAAGGCUUGGUGGGCAAAGCAUACUUACGUGUUAUCUGCUGCUUUGGAUGCCGGAGUCGCAUUUAUGGGAGUCAUAGCGUUCUUUGCUUUGGGGAACUACAACAUCAACAGCGUCGAUUGGUGGGGCGGCGCCAGCGACGACGACAAGUGCACUUUUGCUACUUGCCCUACUGCUCCAGGGAUUCACAAAAAAGGGUGCCCCGUUCUCUGAUUUUCCUCUUAGGAUUUAUGAAGUUUGUAUGUGUGGUUGUCACGUUUGUAUUUUCUUAAGGACUUUGUGCAAAGGUGAUGAAGUUGGUAGUUUUGCUAUUAUUAUCAGUGUUAUUAUGCGGAUCUUGGUGGUUAAUAAGUUGCUCCAUUGUUUGGCUGAGAUUACUGAUCUUUUAUGCGCUUUUGUUAUUGAACA